AUGUCGGACUCCGAGGCAGCAGUGAAUUCGGGGGGAGGGGUAGGGAUCCAGAGAGCUGGGGAAGACAGGGGAGGACAAGGAAUGGGCGUGGCUCGUGAAGACACGAGGGGGACGAUCAUGUACUCGGUGGGCAGUGUACCCCCGAUUCACCUCACCAUUCUGUUUGGAUUUCAGCAAGCUAUGAUGCUAGUGGGAGGUACCAUUUCUUUGCCCUUCAUUCUCACCACUUUGUUCUGUCCAGAAAAUGAGAAUCAAGUUCGAUCGCAGCUGUUAAGUAUUACCAUGUUCAUGUGCGGGAUCGCCACCAUUCUGCAAUGCCUUGUAGGCGUCAGAUUACCCAUUAUACAGGGUGGAUCCCACACGUAUGUAGCGCCCAUAAUGGUGAUGAUGUCACUAGAGCAAUUUAGAUGUCCAGCAAGCAGAAUGAGCGGUCUUUCAACUUCUAACAACACCGGCAUAAGCUGGGAAAUAAGAAUCCGGGAGGUACAGGGUAACCUAAUUCUAGCCUCAGUGACCCAGGUACUGGUUGGUAGCUUGGGUCUGAUUGGCGUCAUCCUGAGGUUCGUGGGACCUCUAACAAUUGCUCCCACCAUCUCACUCAUUGGACUGUCCCUGUCUAAAGUGGUAUCCGACUUCUGCGGCAAACAAUGGGGGAUAUCAUUGUUAACCCUUGCGUUGUUGCUCCUGUUUUCAAACUUUAUAAACAAAGUCCAGGUUCCACUCCCGAGCAUUUCCAUCAAGAAGAAAUGUCACAUGACCAAACUUCCAAUCUUCCAGCUAUUUCCAGUGGUUCUGACUAUCGCCAUCGUUUGGUCGUUUUCCUUUAUUUUGACUGAGACUGGUGUAUUUCCUAGUAACAGCACAGAGCCUGCAUUCAGAGCCAGAACGGAUUCUAAAGUCAGCAUUUUAUAUGAAGCUCCUUGGUUUAUGUUUCACCUCCCUCUUCCCUUUGGGAUACCAACAUACAGUGUUGCUGGGUAUAUGGGUAUGAUGGCUGCAACUAUUUCUUCCAUUUUUGAAUCUGUUGGAGAUUAUUUCGUAGCUGCGCGGUUGUCUGAAGCACCUAGUCCGCCUGCGCACGCAAUCAACAGAGGUAUUGCUAUAGAGGGGUUUUCAAGCAUCAUAUCCGGUUUGAUGGGACCAGGGCAUGCGACCACGUCAUACAGUAACAAUAUCGGGAUAAUUGGAAUUACAAAAGUUGCCAGUAGAACGGUGUUUGCUACAGCUGGGGCAAUCCUUGUUUUAUGUGGAGUAGUUGGAAAAGUUGGUGCAGUCCUGGCAAUGAUCCCGGAUCCAAUAAUCGGGGGGACUCUUCUAUUAGGACUGGGUAUGGUAGUUUCCGUCGGAAUUUCAGUUUUACAGUUCUGUGAAAUGUUCUCCACAAGAAACAUCACAAUCCUUGGGUUGUCCUUCUUGAUGGGUAUCAUGAUCCCCGAGUGGUUGGUUGAAAACGAGGACAAAGUUAAAACAGGUUCCGAGGAUGUAGAUCAGGUGAUCAAGGUGCUGUUCGGAACAGCUUCCUUUACAGGAGGUUUCAUUGGAUUCUUCUUAGAUAACAUCGUUCCAGGUACGGAACAUGAGAGAGGAAUAAAGCGCUGGAUUGAAGCAGACGAUCCCUCACCUACGAAGAACGAGACAUUAGAUGUGUAUAUAUUUCCUGCUUUGCAAAAGUACUUGGAUAGAGUGGCAUGCUGCAGAUACUUCCCCUUGUCUCCGACCUUCACCUCUCCAAGGUCACCAUGUGGGACUGCGAAACACGAAAUGAACACGGAUGGGAUCGUUACUGAAAUCCACCUACAGGACGUAAAAACUGAAUGAUGACUGACACAUGUUUUACUAGUAGAAUUUAUACUUUACACAAUUUUUACAGGUUCAUAUCUUUUUAUAUAUCUUUCUCAUCAUGCUUUACUGAUGAGGGGACAUGGGAUAGUGAAAGUUGUAUUUAGUAGCUAUGUAUUAUAAGACUUCUCUAUUAGUCUAUAUUUAAUGUAACGAUUCCAAACUUCAAUAAUCAUAACUGUUCUAAAUUCUUCUUACAAAAUGUAGAAGUUAAAUUGCAAAGAUGUUGAGAUACUUCAGUCGAAUGACAGCUAAAAGUCAUCAACUUCUCAGGGAAAGAUAAUGAUGUUACAUAUUCUAUAGUCCUUUGUGGUACUCAGGUACAAACCAACGACGUUCUAUUAGUUGCGACAAAUGUUCACAUUGAAAUCAACAAUGUUAUAAAAUAAUUUUUCAGAGAUGAUCAAAAACAUUGCAAACACAUCCAAUAAAAGUACAUACUAAGCAUAUCAUAUAUGAAAUGUAUUUUAUGUCAUUGUAUACAAAGUGUAUGUGGGAAUUAAAACGAGAACUUGGAAUUGGCAGCACAUGUAGCCUUUUCAUAUGGUGCGGAAAAGAAUCAUUUAGUUCAAAAAUGUGAACUGUGUCAUCGUAAUGAACAGCUGUCAAA